GAAAGUAUCUGAUUCUGAAAAUUUCCGCAUGUAUGACUGAAAAAAAUCAAUGUUCCUCGAGUUAUUGGGUUGUGUAAUGCCCAUAAGCAGUACUAACACAAGUACAUCGAAAAGAAAAACAUCAUUGUAUAGGAGAGGAAAAUCUGCCCAAGUUUCAAACAAGGAAGACUGUAAAGAAAGUCAAUUCUUAACUAUCGCACCAGCCUUACCAGUUUUAUCUGGAGCUCCUGUGUUGCAAAAGCUAUCUAAACGUUCUUUCAGUACAUUUGGAUCAACGAGUUCCUCUUGUCAAGCAGAAAAUGAUCAAGUCGGAGGCUGCAAUGUUGUUGCAUUGCAACAAACUGAAGAGGGCAAGGCUGUGGUGGCCAGCCGAAGUGCUGCAGAGCGAGAGAAAAAUCCUGAUAGAAUAUGCUUGGAUAGGAGGGGCUUGACAACAUUUCCAAAGAUUAUCGAUGAACCAAAGCUCCGAUUAAUAUCACUUCAGCACAAUUUAAUAUCAAAAAUAGAAAGGGAACAUCUGACUCAGCUGACUAGAUUAGUAUUCUUAGACCUAUAUGAUAAUCAAAUAGAUAGAUUUUGCAAUUUUGACUCACUAGAAAACCUUCGAGUACUGUUGAUGGGUAAAAAUAGAAUUAAAAAAAUUGAAGGUUUGAAGGGACUCACAAAAUUAGAAGUUUUAGACUUGCAUGGGAAUCAGAUUAUGCAGGUAUCGGGAUUAGAAGAAUUAAAUUUAUUGAAAGUACUCAACUUGGCUGGUAAUAAUAUAAAAAUCAUCGGCUACUGUGACUUUCAAGGACUCUCUUCUUUGAAAGAGUUGAACUUGAGACGAAAUAAAAUAAAGAAACUACUCGGCUUUGAAAACACUCCACAGCUGCAAAAGUUAUACCUUAGUUUUAACGACAUACAAAAAAUUGAAGAUAUGGGCAGCAUAGCAAAAGCAUUGCAGAUUAGAGAAGUAACGAUCGACAACAAUCCUGUAUGUUCUACUGCUGAGUGUCUGCAUUUCCUAGUGUCAUAUUUGCCAAAUCUACAAGUCUUAUCUAUGAUGCAGGUGAACGAACAAAUCAGAAGAACAGCAAUGGCUUGGAGAACUUCGAAGGAACAAUCAAAUUCGGCUUUUCUAGAUCUUAGUACACAAGUUUGUGUGAACGUGCGCCGAGAGGAGGUAAUUUCUAACGCAAAAACUAACUGGGAGCUUCUCAGAACUCAAGCGAAAUGCUUCAACAGCAACGCGAGCAAGAUGAACACCAUCAAAAGUGAUCAUUUGAGAGGCUUCACUUUCCAGGCGCAAUCCAAUGCCGUAGACGUCUCGAAGCUAAAAAGCUUGAAUAGGUCAAAAUCAAAAGACUUUGGAAGCUUAUCGCUGAUCAACGAAAGCGUCGAGGGCAAAAAGAAUUACAGAAAGAGAAGCAGCUCGUCCGACAACCUGCUGCUGAAAAUUGGUACCACAAAUUCCGUCGACGCUCUCGAUUUCAAAUUGCCACCGAUUCUAGUUCCUAUUAUCGAUAACUUGACGAACAAUCAAUCGAGCGGAAACUCAGUGAUUUCCACAAAAGCAAACUCCUGCACUCAGGACUGCAGCGACUCUUCGAGCAGCGAAGAAUCAUCCGAGAGCCAUCAGAGUCUGAAAAGUGGCUUGAGGAGCCACUUGCUGGUAAAAACAAACGGACGCGCCAUGUCAAUGGACGGCGAUUUGACCAGCAUCGAUCAGGCUCUGAUAAUACAGAACAACAAAAUUUUCCAAGAUGCCAAUGCCUUCAAGCAAGAUUCUCAGAUCAAAGUUCGAGAUUUUAUAGAUAACAAAAGCUUGCAGAAUUCGAGUACUCAAGAGAGCGAAUCGGAGUAUCCGUCGAAUAAAUCGGUUACCAAUCGUACCAAGUUCAAUUCGGCAUCGAAAGGCAGUAGUUUGGAUAGUAACAAGUCGCUCCUGGGCGACUCGAGUAGUUCCUCGAUUUCGAGCACUGAUAAGAGUAGGAUAAGUAGUGCACAUUGCAAAAAGAUGGUUUACUACAGGAGUAACAGAGCAGCGACGGCUCGAGCGAAACACAAAGCGAUACCGAUACCCAGUCCUCCGCCUCAUCCUCUUCCUCCCAAGGAAAGAGAACAAGGCGGAGACUACUUGCUGGAAAUCGUGGGACGUUGCUUAAAUAUUUACGGACAAGGGGCCUUACGUUUUAUCGACAAGCAGUGGGAUUUGACGAAAGCGAACGAGAUAAAUUUUGUAAAAUUCAACUACGUGCACUUCAAUGGCAUAGCAGCGAUAUUGAAUAAAUUGAAGCAUAGGUUUCCAAAUGCCGAGCAUUUCUUUUUCAAAGAAACGAACAUCAGUCAUUUGGGACAAUUAAACGCGCUCGCCGAGGCGCAAGGACUCAACAGUAUACAAAUCGAAGCUGAAGGCAAUCCUAUAAUAUCGAAAAACUGGAAGGUCUACGCUAUCUUCCGAUUAGCUCACUGGGGUCUUCAGAUAGUUAACGGAACGCAGAUCACCGAAGAGAACAUAAACGUAGCAAAUCAAGAAUAUUCCGGCCUGAUUGACAUAGUAAUGUGGUCACUGCCUGAAAGUUUAUUGCAACCGUUGCUGCAUCGACUUCACUUGGAGCGAGUUCAGAAACAGAACGGGGAACAAAUAACUGCCAAACAGUUUUUAUUUAAUAGCGAUCCAGCUUUGAGAAAUGUCGUUGCUAAAGAGGCUCUACAGUGGCGACGAGGAAACGUAACGCAGGACGAUCUCAUUUGGAGGCACAAAGGAAAAAUCCACCUUUCACAUUCGAUCGAGCAGACUGUCAAUGCGAUUCAGAAGCUGCAAAUCUUGAACACGGAGUGGUCAAGUAUUUUGCACGAACUAGUUUAUAAUAUUUUAGACGAUUACUCCGACAUGUGCGGCUACAUGAAACGUUGUAUGAGAGAUCUCGAGAAAAACUGAAAAAGUCAGCCUAUCUCUCCCUUUGCUUAUAUCUGUUUAUCAAAUCAUUUGAUAUCUCAUUGAUUAUUCUACAGACUACUCUCAAUUGUUACUGUUUUUGUAUAAAGUAUAUUUAUCUCAAGUUGAUACCUAUUAAAAUGUAAGUGCAAUAUUGAGACAAGUAGACUGAUUUUCAUUUUUACACUAUAGAAAAGUUAGUAUGCAAAGAACUGACACAAUCCAAACUGUUGUUUAAUCUCAGCUUAUUUUGCAGUGAUUACUUUUAUGAUUAUCAAAACUCAAUUUGAAUCAAUUGAUUUAGUAAUAGAACAAUAACUUUUCAUUUGAAAAUUUUUCUAUAAUGUAUAUAGCAAUGUCAAUUACAAUGUUUAAUUGAUAAAUUAAUUUAU